UGGUUUGGAUUGUCACUAUUCUGUUUUUCCUGAAUUAACCUUGGUGAUGUUUUGCGAGUUCACCUUUUUUGCGAACUGGUAAAUGGAAAGUGAAAGUUUUCGACUUCUGUUUCUAGGGGACUGUUGUGCAUCUCGUGAAGGACCUGAGUGCCGGAUGCUGAGUGUUAGUGGGGGGUCGUGCCAGCCCCCCCGAGGCCGGGCACACCCCUCUCACCGUCCCCGCUGCCGCUGCUGCUGCUUCUCCCUCUCCCUCCAGGGCACGUCAUGCCUGGGAAAAGGAAACUGAAACUGAAGCCCAAUUCGGCUGCGGGAGCGCCUCUCGCCGACACGCCCCCUGACGUGCCCUGCUCAGGCUCUUAAAAGGGCUGAGCCCGCCUGGGCAUCAGGAACACCUGGAAGCUGAGGCUGCAACUUCAUCCGUGCCUGCAAGGACCCGGUGCCCGAACCCACGGCCAUGGGAUGGGACCUGAAGGUGAAGAUGAUGGGGGGCGACGAGCUCCAGGUGCCCCUGAGCAGCUCCAUGCUGGCAUCAGAACUGAAGCAGAAGAUCACCCAGAAGUUCGGGGUGCCUGCCUUCCAGCAGCACCUGGCCGUCCACCCGAGUGGUGCGGAGCUGCAGGACGGCGUCCCCCUCGUCAGUCAGGGCCUGGGCCCCGGCAGUGUGGUCUUGCUGAUGGUGAAGAAGUGCGAUGACCCCCUGAGCAUCCUGGUGAGGAAUGACAAGGGUCGCAGCAAUGCCUACAAGGUGCAGCUGACGCAGCCCGUGGCCCAGCUCAAGGAGAUGGUGAGCCAGCAGGAGGGCACACCGGUCGACCAGUUCUGGCUGAGCUUCGAGGGGAAGCCCAUGGACGAACUGCAGCUGCUGGGGGAGUAUGGCCUUGUGCCCCACUGCAUGGUGAUAAUGAAUUUGCGCCUGCGAGGGGGCAGUGCAGGGCCUGGAGGGCCACACUGAGGGCCUCCACCAGUGUCUGACCAGGAUCGAGUGCUGGAAAUAAACUUUGUGCAAAGGAAAGUAA